UAGUGGCUAUGUACUCUGUGAUAAAUUUCGCUUUGACAUUGACGCAAGUCUAGGGUUAGAAACUUCUUUUUGACUUGUACGUUUAGCCCUGUGGUGAAGUGGGGUUAUUGCAAUCAUGGGGAAGGGAAAUAAUAUGAUUCCUAAUGGCCAUUUCCAUAAGGAUUGGCAAAGAUUCGUUAAAACCUGGUUUAAUCAACCGGCAAGAAAGCACCGCAGAAAGCAAAACAGAAUUAAGAAAGCUAAAGCAAUUGCCCCAAGACCAGCAGCAGGACCUCUCAGGCCAGUUGUACGUUGUCCCACGGUUCGUUAUCACACGAAGGUCCGUGCCGGGCGCGGGUUUACUCUUCGGGAAAUCAGGGCCUCAGGCUUGAAUCCCGCUUUCGCAAGGACAAUCGGUAUUGCCAUUGAUCCACGUAGACGCAAUAAGUCUGUGGAAUCUUUACAAAUCAACGUCCAGAGAUUGAAAGAAUACCGUGCCCGUCUCAUUCUCUUCCCUAAGGGCAAGAAGGUGCUGAAGGGUGAAGCUAAUGAGGAGGAACGUAAAUUGGCUACACAGCUCCGUGGUCCACUAAUGCCCAUACAGCAAUCAGCACCUAAGUCUGUUGCUCGGGUAAUUACUGAUGAAGAAAAAGACUUCCAGGCUUACCAGUAUCUCAGAGGGGCUCGGUCAAUUGCUAAACUCGUCGGAAUCAGAGCCAAGAGGCUGAAGGAUGCGGCAGAAAACCCUGACGAUGUAACUAAAGCUCCAGCUGCAGUUAAAGAAGCUAAAGCUAAGAAGUGAAAUACUUAAUAAAAAACUGUAAAAUUA